UCUCCGAUGAUCCGUCUCACCUACCCACACACCAACACCACCCCCGCCUCUUGUUUUCGCUUCUGCUUCCCGACACCGCCUCGCCGCCCCACCGCAUCUCUGCCUUACUUCCUAGUCUUCGUUAGCUCCUUUCUCUUCGCUAUUCGUUCCUCACUUCCCACGGCUGCUUUUGCAUGAGCUGGAGUCCCUUGCAUUGUUUGGAGCAUUGCCUUUCUAUCUCCCUGUCUGUCUAUCGUAAUCGCUACACCCCUAUAUCGUUACUUCUCCUUAAUUAUCCCAUUUUUUUCGCCUCCCCGCUUCUUUUCUGUGGAUGGCUAGGUGCAAAUAUCUUGCUUUGGCAUUUAUGGCAUAUACGUUCGUUUUGUAAUCACCCCUCAUGCGCUUCGACAUUCUAUUUGGUAUUUUGCUGGGUGAUGAGUUCUAGUUUGAUGACGGAUGUGGCAAUGAAGGAUGAUAGGGCUUUAAGUAUAUUUAGGAUUGGGAUGGAUAUGGGAGAUUGUCGAUGGAUGCUGAAUCCUGAGGUUCCUUUCAUGCUGCAUACCCCAUAGUUACGUUAUAUCUAGUUUUAAUGGCUGUUUUGACAUGAGGUGAUGCGGUUUGUAUGACCUGUGUGGUGCUAC